UUGAUUCGGUCAAUUCCGAAACAAAUACAGCAGCACUCAAUCCUUCGUUACAAGCAAAUAAUCAAUCAACUGUAAAUCACCACCAGUCUCAAACCACAACGGCAUCAGCUACAUCGACAACACCUUCUACAUCACUAGCUGGAAGUAGUAAAACAAAUAUGGUAUCGGUUGUGCAAAACUACACUCACCACCAUCAUCAUCGUCAUCAUCAACUGCAGCAGAUUCACCAACAACCAUCGCCAUCAGAACUGCAACAGCAACAAGAACAAACAGUAGCACAGCAACCCCAAGUUCAUCUACCUACAUCUGCAUCCACCGGAGGGGUAAUGGCAGCGCCAACACCGCAACAAUUACAACAUCAACAGUUGCAGCAACCUCAGCCAGUUUUUCCUGCCAUGCUUGCUAUUGCAGCUGCCCCUCCCGGGUCUGUUCAAAAUCAAAAUUUAAAUGUCAUAGCGGCACCAAUUGUUGUUGAUUUCGGAAAUUUCACUGUAAAUUGUCUACCUCCUCCACCUCCUCCGUCAGUUUCGAAUCAACAACUUCAACAGCAUCAGCAUCAACAACAACGACUCCACCAACAAGCUCUGGCAUCAUCACCAUCUUCAUCACAUCUUGAGGUAAAUGUUGUUAAUCCAAAUGUAGUUGUAGGUAGUAUACAGCAGCAUCCACAUCAUCAAUCUCAGUCGCAUCAAUCCACGAAUUCAAGUAAUCACCCAAAUGGGCAAUUGUGAGAAAUAUUUGUGUCCAUAAUUGAAAAUAUUUGACUAGUUUGAAUGAUUAGGUAGACGACGUAAUGUCCAUUAGUUUGUUUUGGAAAACAAUUAUAGAGAAACAUGGCACGUCGUUCUUUUCUCCAUCAAAUACUGUAAAUAACUACCUAAAAUUUUUAGACAAUUUCGGUUUCAUGUACUCCCGUCGAGGCAGGAAGAAGUUGUUUGUAUUUGAUGUGGUUUCGAAUAGUUUUCAGUGCUCGAUAUCUGAUCCAAGUUGAAGAAGAAUGAAAACGAAAUGAUUUGCUUGUAAACAUAUUCAUUUUUCCACCUUUUUGAAUGUGAAGGACUUUUUUUUUAUAAUCUACUGACACCUUUUAGAUUUUUUUUUUAGUUAAAGUGCUGCCCAUAUGUCCUUUUCCGAUUUCCUAAAUCAAUUUUUUAUCAUCCACAAAUUUCGACCAUCUAUUGUGAUUCUACGAAUGUAAAUUGAAAUAUUUGCAAUAAAUUAAAGGCAAAUCGGAACCGUAUAUGCUAUUGAGGUGAUCGUCAUGUUUUGUGGACGUAUUUUUUCUGUUCAAGGUUCAAGGUUCAAAUAGCCCACCAACUAAUACCAAAUUUGGCCGAGUGAGUUUCACUUCGUUGUUCUAUUUGCGAUGAAUAUACUCCACAGUUUUAUGCCUACUUUUAUACAAGUGCUGAAUUUACUUAUCUUGUGAAAGUUGGAAAUCGCAAAUAGCCCAAGAUCACCUAUUGUAAUUUAUUAGGGCAGAAUGUGUAAAGGAAGAUUUCCUGGGGCGUUUGCCAUGGUGUUGAGAGACACACCUUGCUAAAUGCAAUGGUGGUUAGAUAGAUUGAAUCGGACUAAAAUACUUAUUGCUAUGCAUCAGCUUCUCGCUUUCAUUGCCUCUAGUUCAAAUCCCAGUUGGUCAGGGCGGUUUGCGUUCGUUCUUGUGCCUACCUCGCUGCUCGAGGUUUAUCAGUUGCAUAGUCUCACCGAAAAUGAAAUGUUAAAAAAAUAUAAUAAUAAUUCCGAAUAAGAUAUUAUGCGGAAAUUCUGUUUUCCACAGAACAGUUUAUUGGAUGUCUUGUUUUUGGCCACUUUUCUACAAGGUGUCUCAAAGAAAUUUUAUAUUUAAAAAAUCGAUAAAAAAUAAGUCAUUCAUUGAAAAAUUGUUUAUUUAUUAUAGAAAUUAACUCUUUGGGAAUUUCUUCUUCUUAAAAAUAAUGUCAUCCAAAUAAUUAGCAUCGCAUUUGCGACACCCAAUCAAUCUAACUCUGAAGUUUCUGAUGACAACUUGACAGGUAGGCUUUGUGAUGGGAGUCAUCGUAAAAUGUUGUGUAUCAAUAUUAUUUAUUUACGUUCAAAACACUUGCAGGCUUUCGACUGCAGAGCGGGGAUAGUCACAGGUAGACUGAUUAAUCUUUUCCACAUUUUCCUCCGUUUGCGGUAAUUUGGGUCUUGGUUUAUCGUGUCGAAGCGGUCUCCUCGAACUUUGUUUUUUUUUUGUUGUAGAAAUACCGUUUUUGUAAAAUUCGCGCAGGUACAACGCGCGCUCCCGAGAAACGCUACUUAGCAAUUAAAUUCCCAAGAACCAGGCUACCGAUUCACAUAUCUCCCGCCCGCUAAGAUUCGUAUUUCAUUAAGACAUCGCUAUUUGGCCGACCUUUUGGCUGUUUUCUGUCGCCUUCGAUAUUUAAACCAAUCUUAGUGAGUUCUCGUCAGCUCGAAUUACAUGACCAUACCAUCGAAGACGCCCUUCUCGUAGUUUUUCCACGAUGGAUGUAACUCCAUAUCGAUCACAGAUGUGUUCAGUUCGAACGUGAUCAUAGUGUGUUACGUGGAUGCUCCAAUGCAACAUCUUCGUUUCAGUUAACGUGAAGCGCCGUUCAUUGCCUUUGAUAGUUAGCUAGCAACAUGGCGAACGGUGCUACGGUAGAUUUUGAUAAAUCAAUUUCAAAGAACGCUAGUUGGGCAGCGCCUCUUCAUCCAACUUGUGCGGAUGCGUGAAGCAGUUUUAUGGCGCAGUUCAUCGUUGGCUGAGUUAUUUAAAUUGCCCAGUUCUCGAUAGAUUGCUGUCAUUGACAAUGAUGUGUUGAGUUAGGGUCGGUUGUCAAAAAGUUAUCAUUUUUAUUCAGAUUCAAUCAGAGUUUGUUCUGCAAAAAGCACUUUUAGACAACUUGCUGGAUAUUAGUUUUGUUGUGAGACGGUAGGAAAACAUGUUCUGCUUAGAACAAUGGGUAGGGCGCUUGUACUCAGGGGACUUACAUGGAUGACUUUCAUUGUGCCUGAAAUGCAAAACUUUCACUAUCAUGUCAGCAGGUUUUCUCGUUGUAGAAGUUCGCUUCCGGAUCUAGCGUUUGCAGUGAAUCAAAUGCUUGAUCACUAUGUCCAUCCGGGUUGAUAGAGGCAGCUACAAUGGCCCAUCUAUCCAAAACCUGUAAGUUGACGAAAAUUGAGUGUAGUUCAACUAAAAUUUCCCGUCAAAAUGCGAUUGCAUGCCUCUAUGUUAACCAGGCUCGGAGAUGUGAAGUGGUUCUUGGGAAAUUUCAGCUCCUUUUUGCGCUAAUUAAAAAAAAGUCACGUGUUCUAAGCAUUGACUGUAAUUGUAACUUGCGUUAAAACAGAAACAUUAAUUGAUGAAAUGUUUGUAUUUCGGAAAUUAGAUUGGAAACAAAAGAAUAUCAGCACGAACGCACGUGGAUCUGUAAAGCUUGAACUUAGGAACUAACCUUAACUGGAUCUUUAACGGUGUUGUAUAUGUAGCUUUUUGCGUAUUAAUUACGCUCGUCCGUAUGUACUCCAAGCC